UGCAACAGAGAUCUCAAUCUCAGUGGGACUAACCUGGUUAAACAAAGGUUAAAUAAAUAAAUAAACAGCUAAGGUUUGAGGUUCCCAUUUGUAUGCAGAAUUCAAGGAAAACUUUAAGAGCAGCUAAGAGAAGAUGAGUACUAAAUCCUAUACCCUUCACUGUCAAUGAGAAGUGGACCCUCCUUUACAAAUACAUGCAGGUGCCAUAUUUUCCUGCAGUUUCCCCUGGUGAGGCCACAGUACAGUGUCGUCCCUGCUUUAGGGUGAAUGGUACUUAACAGUAGUGCAAAUAUGGUCAAAGUUAUCUUCUGAUUUUAGGAACCAGCUACAUCUAACAAUUGUUGAGUCUUAUUUUUUAGCCAAUGUUGAAAUGACUAGUUCUGAUUUUUGAUACAGCUCAAUCAAGAUUGAUUAAAAAAAAAUGUGUUUGACCAGUGUUGUAGCCACAUCAUGAUUAAUAUGUCAGACCUACAUAUGGUCCAACCCUACUGUAGUGGCCCUUGGCAUCAAUAAACAGCGCAGAGUUCAACUGGUACAAAACUUUAUUCAGUCGUCGAGCACCGUGAAACUAAAAACACAAACAUUUAUACAUAUCAAGUUUUAAAAACACAAACAUACAGUCAAACCAAAACAUUUUGCUCAUAAUUAAAAAUAUAACUCAGUACACACAAAUAUUUCAAACCAACAAAAAGAAGGAAAUGUGAGUGUCACAUACCUCGCUCCGCGUACCAACGGUGCAAACGCUCCAGGAGGACAACAGCUACAUGAACCAAACUGCACAUUAACAAAAAGAAACCCGUUUCACACAAAUAUCAGUCUUGAUAUAAUUGUCCAAAAUGGUUUGGCAAACAAAUGACCUGACACGUGCUUCUCUGCUCUGGGUGGCAGCCCGAGAAGUGAAUGUGGCUAACACACGUGUGUGGCAGCCAGCCUCAUUUAAACUCAAAGGAGAGUGGCAGCAACAAAAAGUAAACUGGAAAGAAACCAAACAGAAAGAAAAGUCCAAAAUAAGAAGCCUCUCAGCUGGCCACUAACGCCUACCGUGAAUUGCCAACAGGACUAAACGUGUUCUGUUGGCUACAGACCUGCCCCUAAGUGCUUUUAUUUAGCUGUCUUAAGAGGCAAACGUGGUGCACUGUGCCACUGGUGCGCUGCUUUAUUAGUAUCUGGGUAGUGAUGCACAAUGUCAGCCCUUUUUGUGUUCCUAAGAUGCUUUGCUAAUUCUACAAAGUUUGCAUAUUGUGCCAUUGAAGCUCCUUGUUCUCUGGGAGACUAUAAAUCUAAAAUUCAUCUGUGCGAAUACCUUCACUGAAGAAGGGGCUCCUUCACUGAACGUAUUCUCCACAGUCUUGUAUUUUAUUAUUAAAGUUACUUGUAACUCUGAUAUUUGCUUAUAUGUAGCUGCAUUUUUGUUUGCCAUUCUGCCGCAGCAUGAGAAACAUACCAUGACUAAUAUACAAGAAUCAAUUGUUGGUACUUCUGAAUUGGUUUUAAACUGUACAAGGAUGCUGAUUCUUGUGGGAUUCAGGUUUUUUAGCUCCUUGCUAGGCAUAUCUAACACUCCUUCGGUUGCUGUUAGCUCGCAUUCACAUGUCUGUGGUUUUGAGUUCUGGUUUGUUGACAGUUGGUAUGUCUAUAAAGCCCCAUGUUUAAUUCAGAACCUUGGAACAUUCUGUCCAAGGCCUUGGCCACAAGGUGCGCUCAGCCCUGCGUGAAGAGCUGAGGACCAUCUACGAAAAGAUGGAAGUUAAAAGGAUUGCUCGAAUCGCCCUGGCUGAGAUUGAGGCAUUCCUUACCAUGGAAGAUGAAGCAAGGGAGGAGGUCUGGGUGCUGAAGAUGAAGAGGCUGGAGGCUGAGCAUGAAUGGCUCAAAGAAGAAAUCGAGAGGGAGGAGAUGGUGAGAGAGGAAAAGAAGCUAGAGUGGGAAAGAUUGGAAAGGGAGAAGGCUGAAAAGGAGAGGCUGGAGGGGGAGCAGGAAGAGAAGAAGCGGAUGGAGCGGCAGCAGGCCGAGGAGGAGCGGCCGGAGCGGCAGCAGGCCGAGGAGGAGCGGCCGGAGCGGCAGCAGGCCGAGGAGGAGCGGCCGGAGCGGCAGCAGGCCGAGGAGGAGCGGCCGGAGCGGCAGCAGGCCGAGAAAGAACACCUCACAAAGGGAAGAGUGGUGAUGGCUAGGGAGAAGGAGAGGAUAGAGAGAGACGAGGCAGAAAAACAGCAGCUUGAGAGGGAGCGCGUUGCCAAAGAAAGGGCAGAAAAAGAGCGGCUGGAGAGCAUGCAUAUUGCUCAUGGAAAGGAACGACUGGCACAAGAAAGUACAGAGAAGAAGAGACUUGAGAAAGAAAGACAGGCUAGAGAGAGAGAGAAGGCAGCAAAAUAUAGAGAGUGGAGAGAGAAAGAAAGGAAAAGGUUAAAGCAGGAGAGGACAGAAAAGGAAAAGGUGCCUCGCAGAGAGCCGCUGGUGGCACAGCAGCGACUCCCCAGAGAAAAAGCUUUUAGGGAAAAAAUGGAGGCCGAGCGCAUCGAAAGGGCAAAGGAGGCGGGCAUGAGAAAAACAACGAUGAACAGAUCCACUGGAGGAAGAGAAAGAAGGAGAGAAGGACUUGUCUAGAGGAAAACAAACGGCUCACAGUCAAAUCAUCAGGUGGCAGUGACAAAAAAGUACAACCAAAUACUUCAGCAAUCAGGAGAGAACCAAGCGCAGCGGAGCUGAAGACGGCUGGAAGCGCCAAGAAACACUGAUACUCACAAAUGGAGCUAGAACUCUGAUUGGCUUUGAGGAUGACUGGCAGUGUGGAAGGGGGAGUGUCUUCCUCUGUCACAACUGUCUGCAACGACAACAGCAUAACGUAAACUUAUAAUUCUAGAAAUUUAAUUUUUUGAGCAGUCAUUUUUUUCUUAUUAAAAUUUAGAAUGUUGAGCUGUAAUUACGUCCACCAAGGAGCUAAUGAGGAGCGUCUGUGUGUUGGCACGAUAACUCUAAAAGUAAUGAACAGCUUUCAAUGAAAUUUACUGAGCAGUUGGAUCAUGUCCUAGAAAAUGAGGGCUUUUAUUUGGAAUUUUAUCCCGAGUCUGUUUUGGAUCUAGGAUCAGGUUUAUGUUUUAAGCAGUAAGUUCACGGUCUCUGAGUUCCUUCUAGUUAUUUAAGAUUUGAACGUGUCUUUGAUAAAUAAAUCCAGCUUUUCAAAUGGACUUGUAUUCUUCCUUCUGGGUGUAGCAUGAAUAUUAAGAUUUCGCUGAGUUUUGAGUUAUUUUCCAGAACAGGGCCAUCUACAUCUCUCAUCCCUUUCAUGCAGAAGUCUUAAUUUUUUUUUGGUGGAGAGUCAGCAACAAACGUCACAACUUAAUGAACGGCUGUCGGUUUUUCUUUUCCAGGAGCACCUUUGAAGUCUGGCCUCCUUACUUGUGCUUAUGCACUAUUUGAAAUAUAUACUUUCCCGAUGUGAAAUGUAAGUCUUUAGAAUGAUAUUAAGGAGCUGUUACACUGAACUGUAAAUCUGUAUCAGUCAUGCAUUAUAAAAA